GGGGAGAAUGGUACAAGCAACAGGAGCACAGGAAGUAGGAAGGAAUACUAAUGUUUCUAUGUUAUCCCCACAGAGCACCGAAAAGGAGGUAUACCCACCGGAACAAGCACAGCAGCAGGAGCCAACGGAAGUACCCAGCAGCAAUGCGGGGGAAAAUGUUGUGGUAGCAGAAACAACCCCAGUAAGAGAACUGGAAACAGGAGCUGCAAAACAGGUGGCAGCAACUGGUGCAGCAAGCGGUGACCAAGGGGCAAAGCAAGACAAAGCGUUAAGGGUGUGGAUAGUAGGGCAUUCCUACGUCUAUUGGGCACAGGCUAGGGCAGCAGCAUCGGCGCAGGGAGUAAAUUUGGGACUGUCGCACAAGGAAGUUAGCAUUAGAUGGGUAGGAAAAAGAGGCAUGAUGUGGGACGAGUUAGUGCCUACAAUACAGCUGGCAAGAAGAAGAUGGGGGUGUCCGGACGCCAUAAUUAUACAUCUGGGUGGGAACGACAUAGGCGCUUACCCACUUAGAGAGCUAGAAGAGAAAGUUGCAGGAACAAUGAGAUGGUUGAGGGUGGCAUGGCCAUCAGUGAGGGCAAUAUGGUCCAAUAUAGUUUCGAGGAUAUUCUGGCGGAACUCGUACACGAGCAAAGCAGGAUAUAGAUCGAGGAGAAAAGUGAACCAGGUGGCAGCAAAGGUUAUGAAGGAAAUAGGGGGUAGAGUGGUAGAGCACCCACUGAUAGCAGCGAGAAAGGAGGAGCUAUUCAGACGGGAUGGAGUGCAUCUAACGGAUGAGGGAAAUGACCAGCUGCUGGUGGACAUCAGAGGGAUGUGCCAAGAGUUGGUGAAGACGCAGCAGAGCACAAUGCAAUAACCGGAGAGGUCACGUGAGAAGGCAGUACUUGCACGGCUAAGGGCAGGAUGUUGACUAAUUGGUUGAGUCGCAGUAAGACCGCCCGUGCUCCUCAAUAAGGGGAAGAACACAGCGCAACCGAAGGGCAGCAGGUGACCUGGCGGUCUACGCUGACUGGAGGAUAGAAAACGGCAGCUGUUUUUUAACGUAGUAUUGAGCAUACAAUCGCAGCAAGCGGUGAAGUUUGUGCACGACACGUGGGCGGGGCAGAAGGGGAGGUGGGAGGAUCCCGCGGCAUACCCAGCCCUGAGGGGUGAUCCGGUGGUCUAUCUAGGGGGGGGACUAUGCCGUGGGUUCUCCCUUCUCCAAACUGCCCUGCCAGGGGGGGGGGUAGUUGUUACACCCCCCUAGGCGUGGUUCCCAAAAUUCUGGUUUUUAAUGCAAGGGCAUUAUUUGGUGUUUAUUUUGAGUUUGAUUUAUGGCUGAAUUUUGCAAGAUAUAGUUUAAAGGUAGCAAAAUUCAAUUAAGUAAUAAAAUCGUGACCUUUCCACAUUUCGCCAUAA